CAAACCCAAAAUAAAGUCCAAGCCCGAAAGUCAAACCCUAACCCUAACUCUCCUUAACCCUCCCCUCUCAUUCAUUUGAACGGACACAAUAGCUUAGCUGCCGUAAGAGUAUCACUGCUCUUCUCUCUUUCACGCCGGCUGUGUCUCAUACCAGAACAAGCAAAUAUGAGUCGAGGAAGUGCAGCAGCUCCCAAGGGGAAGAAGAAGGGAGCAACAUUUACAAUUGACUGCGGUAAGCCAGUGGAGGACAAGAUCAUGGAUAUUGCAUCUCUUGAGAAGUUUCUUCAGGAGAGGAUUAAGGUCGGUGGCAAGGCCGGCGCCCUCGGUGACUCAGUCACUGUUACCCGUGAGAAGAGCAAGAUUACUGUUACAUCUGACAGUAAUUUCUCCAAGAGGUAUUUGAAAUACUUGACUAAGAAGUAUUUGAAAAAGCACAAUGUCCGUGAUUGGCUCCGUGUGAUCUCAUCCAACAAGGAUCGUAAUGUUUAUGAACUGAGGUACUUCAACAUUGCCGAGAACGAGGGUGAGGAGGAAGAUUAAACCUCUGUAAUAUUUAAUUUGUCGGAAGAACUUAAUUUUCUUGUUGCCAGAAUUUCCUUUUUAGUUCCAAUAUGGUGGUGUUUUUACUGAAAACUAAUUAUGCUUCACAAUUUUGUUUAUUAAAGCUAGAGAUUUUGAAAUAUUUCUGCUGUUUUAUGAGAAUAUAUUAGCAUGUUUGGAUCU